CGGCUUAAGUACGUCGUUAAUUUCAUUUAGUAAAAUUAAGCUCUUAAUUUAAAAAAUACUUUAUGUAUUUAAAGGUAUUUUCAUAAUUUCAUUAUAAAAUUAAAUAAAAAAAGGAUGUGUAUUUUGGGAUAGGAAAGACGGGAGAGUGAGAAGUGAAGACGGAAGCAGGUAGAGAUCGAGCGAGCGAGCGAGAGAGAAAGAGAGACAGGUGGAGAUGGCAACGACGGUGGUGAAAAGCGCGUUGCAGGCUAUCCGAGAGAGAGGUCUCCGCACCUUCUUAAGGGAGCUUAAGGAAGAAGGCUUCACGAAAUGCAUCUUCGAUGGAAAUCUUGUGCAAACCAAAAUCCACAACAUAGGGGCAACACUUGUGGGUGUUGAUAAAUUCGGCAAUAAGUAUUAUGAGAAACUUGGGGAAACACAAUCUGGAAGACACAGGUGGGUUGAAUAUGCGAAAAAGGAUCGUUAUGAUGCUUCUCAGGUACCACCAGAAUGGCAUGGUUGGCUUCACUGCAUAACUGAUCACACAGGAGAUGAGCUGUUGAUGUUAAAACCUAAGAGGUAUGGGGUUGAGCACAAGGAAAACUUAUCUGGUAAGGGUAACGAGUUUAUCUACCAUUCUAAAGGACAUGCACUUAAUCCUGGUCAGAGAGACUGGACAAGGUACCAAUCAUGGCAACCCACCAAGGCUAAGUAAUCUCAAAAACGAACCUCUUUUUACUUUGCUAUCUCUGGAUAUUCCGCUUUGUAUUUGAUGAAUAAUGUCUUGUAAUUUUCUCAAACAAUAACUUUUAUGUGUCUGUUUACCGCAAGAAACUGUAAACUAUCAACUUGAUAUUUGAUCAACUGAAUCCAAUUUGGGUGUUGCCAAUAAAUUUUAUUUAUCAUGUGA